UGUCUACAUUGUGGGUCAGAUGGAAGACCAUCGGCUUUAAUCUGGUUGACUUCAGUGGAUUUAUUUGUACCGUUAUACCUCUUUAGAUCCAUAUCGGGAAUAAACGGACAUCUUUACUGACACCGACACACUUGACGCUCCUCUGCGGCUUCACCUGCGCCUUUAAUCAGCGGAAACAGUUAACGGUACAGGAGGAUGUUUAUCAUUAGACGCGGAAAUAAUUGACGACGCGUUUUGUCGAAGCCUUUUAAAAAGAAAAAAAAAAAAAGAAAGAAAGGUGUUUCCACAGCCGGGCUGUCAAACACAAGAGGAUAGAUGUGAGUCCUCUCCCCACUGUGGGCGGCGUUUAAAACACAAACAUCCAAAUGAUGUCCGGAAAGCAUUUCAAGGCUCACGAAGUGAGCUGCUGCAUCAAGUACUUCAUCUUCGGAUUCAACAUCAUAUUCUGGUUCCUUGGAUUGGCAUUCCUCGGCAUCGGGCUGUGGGCAUGGAGUGAGAAGGGUGUUCUCUCCAACAUCUCGUCCAUCACAGACUUGGGGGGCUUCGACCCGGUCUGGCUCUUCUUGGUGGUGGGUGGCGUGAUGUUCAUCCUGGGAUUCGCUGGCUGCAUCGGAGCACUGCGAGAAAACUCUUUCUUGCUCAAAUUUUUCUCCGUGUUCCUGGGUAUCAUCUUCUUCCUGGAGCUGACUGCAGGAGUCCUGGCCUUCGUCUUCAAAGACUGGAUCAAGGACCAGCUCAAUUUUUUCAUUAACAACAACAUUCGGGCCUAUAGAGACGACAUUGAUCUGCAGAACCUGAUAGACUUCACCCAGGAAUAUUGGGAGUGCUGUGGAGCGUUCGGAGCUGACGACUGGAACUUGAACAUCUACUUCAACUGCACUGAUUCAAACCCGAGUCGUGAGAAGUGUGGAGUGCCCUUCUCCUGCUGCACCAAAGAUCCAGCGGAGGAUGUCAUCAACACGCAGUGUGGCUACGACAUUCGAGCAAAAGCGGACUCUGAGCAGCGGACCUUCAUCUAUAUCAAAGGAUGCGUUCCUCAGUUUGAGAAGUGGCUUCAAGACAACUUGACAGUGGUGGCAGGCAUCUUUAUUGGGAUUGCAUUACUACAGAUUUUUGGCAUCUGUUUAGCGCAGAAUCUCGUGAGCGACAUUGAUGCCGUGAGAGAGAGUUGUUUGUUUACCUAAGACCUCCACAGAAUCUCCAAAGGCAAGAAGGAUGUACCAGUUUGUUUCCACAGGACUCUGCAGUUUGGACUCCAGCAAUGAAGGGAAAUAAAUUAAUCAGCUAACGUGUCCACAGCGUAGAGUCUCAUUGACGUGUAAAUAGUAAAUGUAGAGUUAUUUUUAAAGUUAUUUGUGGCCCUAUUUCUGAAUGAAGCACAACCUCUAAAGUGUAUUGUAGCUCUCAUACAGUACAAAUUAAACAAAUGCAAUGACAGUGUUUUACAAUACAAGCAGAUAUGAUGCUGAAGUGGCUCAAAGGAUAACUCCCAGUUCAGAUGAAUUUAGUUCGUAAGCCUGCAAAUGAAGACCGGAGGGUGUCAUAACUAGAGUUACCUCUUAGAUUUGGUGUUUUUAAUCAGAGGUGGCGCUUCAUUCAGUGAAGAGGCUUGGUUUUAUAUGUCUCACAGCUGCAGUUUUUAACACUGCGUGUAAGGGUUGUGUACAAAGAUUAAAGUGAUUCUGGAAAUGCACUGCAUGCCUAUUGUCUACUGGUAGGACAUCGGCUUUCCUAAAUGUAUUUCAUCAAUGUUAAGUAUUUUAAAAAUAUUUGUAAAAUAGUCUCUAUAGUUAAGAGUGAAGCGGCUGGUUAGCACUUUGUUGAAUGUUUAAUGGACUCUUCUCAAAGCAACAGAGAAUAUACAUUUUUUUUUUUCCAUCUGUGACAUUAUGCUCGUAUUCUACAGAUACAGUUUGUAAGCAGAGUUUUGUGGAGCUGAGGUGGAUGUAAAGUAUCACGAAGGGAUGCGAUUGAUAUUGUAGGCUUUGUGAAGUUGCAGUUCGCUGAGAGUUUUUGGCAGUGACAUUAAAUAAUGUCUAAAUAUACGGAAAGGAACCAUAAUAGGUGACAUCCCAACUACUCAGCCUUAAGCACUUUAAUCUUCAUACAAGUGAUUUCUGUCGCAACGGACUGUUAUUUUAGCAGCAGCCACUGGAGGGG